AUGGUUAGGGAGAUGGUGAUCCGAUUCUUGCGGGAAGAGGUCCAUCGAAUACUUGAGGAAGAGAAACUCGCCGAGCUGAAAAAGUUCCUCGAUAAGGAGGAAAUUCCUAUGGGAAAACUUCUAAGAGAAGUUUGGGACUGCCUCGGCAAUUGGAAGAACAACUUGCAGGGGCAGGUAAUAACGAGGAAGCUCGGCCUCUUGACAAAGGUCGAAUGGGGCGCCAAGCACAAAAAGCCUCGUUUUCCGCCUUCUUACCCACUAGGACGCGUGGCGUACUAUGGCGUAUGGGUUUCACACAGAAUGGUGAUGUCCGGCAGAGCGCAUCGACGUUGGUCGUGCUGUGGUGGCCUGGGCAUAUGGUAUCCCCUGGGUCGCCGUGUCCCGGGCAGGAACCAGCUGGCCACUUAUAGUGUCAGACAGGAGAGGUUCGAGAAGGAGUUCAAGCAGGUCUCGAACUUAGUCGAUAAGAUUACAAAGGUCGUUCUCAAGGAGUAG